AUGCGUUUUGGACCAAAAUUAAAGUUGGUCGCGACAGCCGCACUCGCAUUGACACCGGUUCUUGGACAGCACAUCACAUCAGAUAGGACUGAUCAUUCAUCAGUUUUAAUGCUCGGUGAUGUGGUGGUUGAUGCUGGUGCAACUUGGAGAAUCUACAAUGCUCUUGUGGAGACGUUUUUCGGUAAGAUUAUUAUCAAAGGUCGCUUUUUCGUGAACAUUGAUAGAUACCCUUUCUCGCUUUCCCUUACAUCUGCAACCCUUAAAGAAUUUAAUAAUUCAGGUGUAAUUUGCUUAGACUCCAUUAGAUCCGGUGUUGCUCCUAUAUACUCUUUCGUUGUGGGUACAUUUCACAAUACUGGUGAAAUCUACUUUUCUGCUGCUGGCAAUGUCCUUCAAUCCAUUUACAUUAUUGCUGCUCCCAAUUGGACUAAUGCCAAGUCUGGUUCUAUUCAUCUUUACCAAGAUAAGAGAGCCAAUGGAUAUGCUCUUUUGGGUAGAAUAGGAAGAACAAUCGUCAACGAUGGUCAAAUAUGUAUCAGAAACCAUGCUUGGCUUUCAAAUACUCCAAUCAAAGGCUCUGGGUGUAUCGAAGUUGGUAUGAAUUCCAACUUCUGGUACUUCAAUUCUCUUAUAGACUUUGAUGCUGAACAAACAGUUUAUCUCUCCCACUCCUCUUCUAGUUUCAAAGUUGAAUCACUUGGGAGAGCUCAAACUUAUAAGGUUGCUGGAUUUGGUAACAAUAAUGUAAUCGGUCUUACUGUAUCCAUUACAAAGUUUCAUUAUGAUGAAAAGACUGGUAUCAUGAACCUUAUGACAGGAUUACCACCAUUAUAUUUUAACCAAUACUUCAAAAUCGGUACCGGUUAUGAUCCUAAGAAGUUCGUUGUUCAAACUGUAGACUUUGGUGGUUUCCUUGGUAAAAGUAUUUACAAUGCAGGUGUUAGGUACUAUGGACCGAUUCCCGAGGGAUCGACUCCUCACACUGGAUGUGUUGUAUGUAAAGAUAUACCACCUAUGGUUGAUCCAACAAGUUCAAUUCUUUCUUCUGGUACUAUUGAAUCCACUAGUUCUGGGAUGAUAUUCUCUAGUGCUACUAGUUCCGGGAUGCAGUUCUCUAGUGUUGAAUCUACUAGUUCAAGUGCCGAUGCUUCUUCAUCUGAUAAGACAAGUCCCCCUGAUACUUCCAGUAAUGUGGGUCCAAGCAAUUCUAGUCCUACCAGUGGAUUUGAACCCACUAGCAAUUCCGAAAUAACGAGUGAUACUCCUGUCAGUUCUACCGGGCCAUCCGAUGACUGUCCUAUCACUAGUAUCCCGGUCACUGCAUGUGUAUCAACAACGAUUCCAACAUUUAUUUGUCAAUCUUCAGAUGUUCAAUCCAGCGUUCCCGUUGUUUCUUCCAUCACAACUACUAUUUGCACCACUACUUUAAUUCCCUCUACAAGUUGCUCGACUGAAACCUAUACACCUACCCCUCUUUGUCCCACUGAUCAAUUUACACGAAAGCUUCGAUCUCUGAAAAGUCCUGCGGCACAAUUUAAUCUCAAGGAUGUAAAAUUAAUCAGCGAUCAUACUUAUUCUGUGACACUUGGAAUGAAGUCCGAUCAAGGAUUUGAUAAGGAACAUUUGGAAGAGUUAAAUAUCGAUUGUGGUGGCGUGAAACAUACACUUUACGAUGUUUCCAAAAAUAUUGAUUUAGUUCCAAACCCUAAAGAUUGGACAUUCAAUUUUGAAGCCAAAUGUGUAGAUUAUGGUGAUAAGAUUUGUUUACCAAGCCUUCUGGUCCUGGUACAGUGGUGUGUAUUCAAUGCUCAUUCUACCUUAUGUAAUUCUUGGUUUUUCUCAUAUGACUACAAAUAUGAUUUUGGCUGUGAUGCCAAUAAAGAUUGGUCUAUCUAUUGUUGGCCAAAGCCCGUGAAGAGUGUUUGUGAGACAACUACUUACUUUACGUCUAGCUGUGAAACCACAGUUAUGCCAACAACUACAUGGACAACAACAGACAUCCCAGACAACAGCUGUGAAACAUCAUACAUUGUAACUUCUACUUGUGAAACGACAUAUAUUCCAACCACACAAUGUCCUAGUAGUUCAUCAAGCUCCGUAGCUCUGUCCAGCUCCUUGACAAGUUCAAACGAUCGCUCAACCGAUUCAUCCAGUAUGGAACCUUCAUCAUCUUAUGCAUCAAGCUCUACCACUUCCCCAAAUUCUAACAGUUCCGCCUCAUCUGAUUCUAUACCAACCAACUCUGCUUCCAGCUCCACCUCAAGCUCUACUAAUCCAAGUAAUUCUGAUUCUUCAUCCGAAUCGAGCACCUCGUCUGACACCACUUCCAGAUCAGUAUCAAGCUCAGCAUCUAGCUCAAUUAACCCAUCUAACACUGCCUCUAGUUCAGGUUCCAUCCACCCAAGUAACUCCACUACUUCUGGCACUUCUUCUGACACUAAUUCUGGCGCUACUUCUGGUACUUCUUCUGGCUCCCUUGGCCCAAGUGAUUCUGCCUCUGGCUCUGUGAACUCAUCUGCCUCAGGUUCUGCAUCUCACUCGGUUAACCCAUCCGGCUCUACUUCUGGUUCUGCCUCGGGUUCUGAUUCCAGAUCCGUCAACCCAAGUGAAUCAGGUUCUGACUCAACUUCUGGCUCUGCUUCUGGCUCAAUAUCCGGUUCUGCCUCCGGCUCCGUCAACCCAAGUGACUCUGCUUCUGGCUCAGCAUCUGAGUCUGCCUCCGGUUCCGUGAACCCAUCUGACUCAACUUCCGCUUCUGCCUCUGGUUCCGUCAACCCAAGUGACUCUGCUUCUGGCUCAACUUCCGCUUCUGCCUCUGGUUCCAUAAACCCAAAUAGCUCUGCCUCUGGCUCAGCUUCCGGUUCCGUCAAACCAAGUGACUCUGCUUAUGACUCAACUUCCGGUUCUGCCUCUGGUUCCAUAAACCCAAGCAGCUCUGCCUCUGGCUCAGCUUCCGGUUCCGUCAACCCAAGUGACUCUGCCUCUGGUUCAACAUCUGAGUCUGCCUCCGGUUCAGUCAACCCAAGCAACACUGCUUCUGGCUCAACUUCCGGUUCUGCCUCCGGUUCCGUCAACCCAAGUAGCUCUGCUUAUGACUCAACUUCCGCUUCUGCCUCUGGUUCCAUAAACCCAAGCAGCUCUGCCUCUGGCUCAGCUUCCGGUUCCGUCAAUCCAAGCAACUCUACUUCGGGCUCAACUUCUGAGUCAGCCUCUGGUUCCGUCAACCCAAGUAGCGCAGCUUCUGACUCAUCAUCAGGCUCCGUCAACCCUAGUGACCCCUCGUCAGCAUCUGUUAGUCCAAGUGAUUCUUUCUCAACUGAAUCAAGAUCUUCAUCUGUGACCUCAACUGAUGCUACUUCCAAUUCUGACAUCCUCUCAAGUUCAAUAUCCAGUACAGUUGACCCAUUUAUGUCUUCCUCGAUUUCUGUAAGUUCAUCAGAUUAUUCUUCGGAAAGUGUUAGUUCUUCCUUGUCAUCUAGUUCAAUGUCUUCCAGUUCGUCUACGUCUGAUUAUCCAUGUGGGCCCACGGCUAAUCCAACUGCUUGCCUGCCAUCGUCUGUAGGUACACCAGGUCUUGGUGCUGUUUUCUAUCCAUAUACCUAUGGCGAUGAUGACACGCUGAAAAGCCUUGGAUUCAUGACUGGUGGAUACAAAAAGUUGACUAGUUUGGCAUCUAUACCUCACAUUUCCAACUUGCAAUUGAGUGAAAAUAGUAGAUCUGUCGCAAAAAGCUUCUUGGUCGAACUUACUGGGUAUUUCAAGGCGCCAGCUGGGGGAUCUUAUGAUUUUGAACUCUCUGUAAAAGAUGCAGCUGUGGUUUUAGUUGGAGCUGGUCUGGCAUUCUCUUGUUGUAACACUAAUUGCAUUGGUAAUAGAGAUGCGAUGUUUGCUCACUGGGAUGAACAAAAACAACUUUUAGGAAAAGAUUCCAGAACAAUAUCCUUUGGUGGAGGUGUAUACUACCCUAUCAAGAUUGUAUACAGCAACAAGGGUGGUCCAAUCCUGUUGUCGUUAACUGCAAAUGGUCCAACUGGUACCAUAUCAAUAAUGGAUCAUGUAUUUAGCUUUGACAACGAACCUGAUGGAUGCCCUGCCACUGGUAAUGUUCGCCGUAACUUCUCAGCUUCAUUUGACAGUAUGAAUUGA